AUGGACCCUCAGGACAGUGACGAAAAGGACGAUUGCGAGGAAUCCUCGAGGACCACGGGAUCGUGUGCUGGCAUAACCGAUCGACGAACCAUUUUGAUUCGUGGCCUACCCGAUCGAGUCACCCAUAAAGAUCUCGUCGAAAACAUGCGAGGCGGCGCCCUGCUACAUAUUUACCUUCGAGCCCGUGAACGCACCGCCAGCAUCUCGUUCGUUGAAGAGGCCGACGCCCAAGGUUUUUAUCAACAUGUGAAAGAUUACGGUUUUUAUGUAGCCGGCAAACGAGUGGAGGUCCUGUGGAAUGACCGCCAGUUCUAUAUGCCUCCCUUUGUUAGGGCCAAAAUCAACAACGGAGCGUCGAGAAACAUCAUGCUCUUCAACGUGAACCCCAAUAUCACUGAGGGGCUCAUUCGCAAGGAUCUCGACCAUAUCCAUAACCUUAUUGUGGUGGCGGUUAAGUUCAAGAAUGGGAACGCCUAUAUCUCCACCAACUCCGUUCACAACGCCCUGUUUGCCCGGUCCUGCAUGAUGUCACGUCUCACUUACAAGGGCAUGAGGAUCGGAUUUUAUCCCGACGAAUGCAACCAGCCACUGGUCAAGAUUCCUACAGCACCAAAAAAGGACGCACAAGCCGGGGUCAAGAAGCCGGCCUCGAUUCCCAACCGAUUCCAGCUCCUGUCCCUCGAUGGGGGUGAUGAGGAGGAUAGUGAUGGCAGUGAAGGACUGAACGGUACUCCCUUGGGCAGUGGUAUCCGCUGGGCAGACAACAGAGUAUUGGCUUAG